AUCGCCAUCUUCAGGUGCUAUCAGCAGUAACCAGCUUCAGGCCAAACCCCGAAAAGGCAUGUCUUCCCAAGAUGGUCAAUGGCCAUUGAAUCGCCAAGGUUCUUCCGACCUCUCUCCUAGCCAUUCCGAGCAAUAUCCAAAUCCCGAAUCACGCACAGUUGAGACCUCGACAGACCACAGGAGGAGCAGUGGUAGCCGGAGCCAAGAUUCUGCAGACAGCCAGGACAUCCAGGUCCCGGAGCAGUUUUCAGGGUUGCUCCAUGGCUCUUCCCCGGUGUGUGAGAUAAACGAGGACCCUUUCAGGCUCAUUUCUUCUGUGGCCAAAGGAGGCACAGAGGGCACAGGCCACUCACCUGCUAUGCAGUUGGAGGAUGCUGAUUUACCUGUCUCUGGAUCAGUACGGACCAGUUCUCCUGAGCAAAACCAGAAAGCGAUCUACGCAACGGUCCAGCCCAAAAACAUCCAACAGGCAGAACCUGAAACUGCAGUGACUCCCCAAGCACUGCAGCACCCUGGUGGUGCAGAGGAAGAGGGAGACAGAGGCGGUGCUGGGGGCCGAGCCCACCUGGGAGGCAAGCCCAAAGCAGAGCUCAAACUCAGCCGUAGUUUGUCCAAAUCAGAUUCCGACCUCCUGACCUGCUCGCCGACUGAGGACGAUGCCAUGGGGAGCCGGAGCGAAUCGCUCUCAAACUGCAGCACUGGGAAGAAAAGGCUGGAGAAAUCUCCGUCUUUUGCUUCUGAGUGGGAUGAGCAGUGCCAGCAGCAGUCGCUUCACGUCCUCAGAGCUCGAUCAUUCCAGAGUAUUGAGAAAAUCAUGAGCUCCAUCGGUGAAGGAAUUGACUUUUCUCAGGAACAGCAAAGGAUCUCAGGUUCGCGGAUGCUGGAGCAGAGCGUCGGGGAGUGGCUGGAGUCCAUCGGCCUGCAGCAGUAUGAGAGUAAGCUGCUUUUGAACGGCUUUGACGAUGUCCGCUUCCUGGGCUGUAACGUAAUGGAAGAUCAGGACCUUCGGGAGAUCGGGAUUAGCGACCCGCAGCACCGCAGGAAACUUCUCCAGGCUGCACGUCCCCUUCCCAAGGUGAAAUCUCUGGGUUGCGAUGGGAACAGCCAGCCUUCAGUUCCUGCUUGGCUUGACUCUUUGGGGCUGCAGGACUACAUUCAGUCCUUCCUGUCAAGUGGCUACAGCUCUAUUGAUACUGUGAAAAACCUCUGGGAGCUUGAAAUAGUAAAUGUGCUGAAGGUGAAUUUGCUUGGCCAUCGGAAGCGAAUCAUUGCCUCCUUGGCGGACAGACCGUACGAGGAGCCACCCCAGAAACCACCGCGGUUCUCACAGCUGAGGUGCCAGGAUCUGAUGUCCCAGACUUCCUCACCGCUGAGCCAGACUGACUCCUACACGGGGAGGUCUGCGGAGCUCUUGCUGCCUUCGGGGGAUACUGGGAAGAGGCGACAUGACAGUGGCCAUGAUGCUGCUUCUCACCCCAGAGCCGACAGAUACAAAGCACAGGAGGAGCAUCGUGAGUCCAGACUGACUCUCAGGCCCCCAAGUCUCGCUGCGCCGUAUGCGCCUGUCCAGAAUUGGCAACACCAGCCUGAGAAGCUCAUCUUCGAGUCCUGCGGGUAUGAGGCCAACUAUCUGGGCUCCAUGUUAAUCAAAGACCUGCGAGGGACAGAGUCGACGCAGGAUGCCUGUGCAAAGAUGAGGAAAUCCACGGAGCAUAUGAAGAAGAUCCCAACCAUAAUAUUAUCCAUCACUUACAAAGGGGUGAAGUUCAUAGAUGCUUCUAACAAGAAUGUUAUCGCCGAGCACGAAAUCCGGAACAUCUCCUGUGCGGCCCAGGACCCCGAAGAUCUCUGCACGUUCGCCUAUAUCACCAAGGACCUGCAGACCAGCCACCACUACUGCCAUGUCUUCAGCACCGUCGAUGUGAACCUGACGUAUGAAAUCAUCCUGACGUUGGGACAAGCGUUUGAAGUUGCCUAUCAGUUGGCCCUCCAAGCCCAAAAAUCAAAACCCACCGGUGCUUCGGCAGCGGAAAUGAUAGAAACGAAAUCUUCCAAACCGGUGCCUAAACCCAGAGUCGGCGUGAGGAAAUCCGCAGUGCCGCUCCCUCCCGAUAGUCGCUGUUGUUACUGUCACACCUGUACUACACACCGUCCCUCCUAUCUGCCGCUGCAGUCUGUUAGUCAAGGAGCUAAGCUGGAGCCAUCUGAAGUGGACCAAGACUCCCAGUCUCAUGCCAGUGUCUCCUGGGUUGUUGAACCCAAACAGGAUUCUAAGAGGACCCUCAGCACUAACUGAUAUGCAGGCAGCUGUGUGCUACCAUGGAAAUGUAGUAACGGGGCAGAGACCUAAGAAGCAGUGGUACCCCAACAGGAUGAAGAUCUCCACCCGGCACUGGUGUCUGCCUCUUUGAAUAUAUUCAUGACUGCUGAGUAAGGGCUUCCAAAGCCGAGGGGGGGAAAGGGAUCCCAGCAACAAAAGCAGCUACGCAUUUCUAGCAAAGGAGAUUUGAGACUUCUGAGCUCAAGGGAGUGAUACCAUAUUUUCUAGUCUGUUGCAACAAAUUUUUUUUUUUUUUCUUUUACGUGCAACGAUACGAAGCAAAACAAAUCCACAACUUAAAAUGUAGCAUGUUGCAGUUUUUUUGGGUGGAACAGACAUUAGUAAAUUAUAAGAUUCCACAGUACUGUCCUGUCCUACAAAGAGUAUGGUAAAAAGUCUUAGCAAUGGCGCUAGUAUGUGUAUGUCUAAUGGUACUUUAAUUCGCCUCAGUUCCUGGUGAGCAGUAGAAAACAAUUCCAAGAUUUUGGGAAUAGCUGUUUAUUCCAAGUUAUGAAACUCAGCUGAAUGGGUUUUCAUACACUUUUCUUUAAAGCCACUCCAAGCCUAAGUGGGAGAUGGAUAUAACUUAAAGAAAACUGUGUCUGCAAAGGAGUUAUAAUCCUAGUGAUUAUUGCUGGAUAUCACCCAUGGUACGAAGCCUGCUUUCACUACAAUACUUGAUGUUUUUAUGGUAAGGAGGACACAAUCAGGUCUCUUUCCCUUAGUUUAUCACACUGAAUAACUGGAGAGUUUGCUCCUUUCUAUACCCUCUCUUGCAUCUGCCAUGUUUUUUAAAUGCAGUUAUGAGCUAGCGGGUUCGGUUUUUAAAGUCUGAUUGUGAUUUAGCACUUCUUUGAUACUAGCUCAUUUGUGAAUUACCAUUAGUGUAACAGUAUUUCAGAAUAUGAACAAACAAGGAGUUAUAUUCUGGGCAUUACACUGAAACAGUCCAUACUCAAUGAUAAUUCUAAUCAAUCUAAGGAUGGCUGAUCCCAAGCAGUCUCUCAUUCUUAAACAGAACACAAUCUUGAAGGUGCUUUUGUAAUUAUGCUUCAUUUAAACUACCAGAGUAUUUAAUGGUGGCUUUGGCUGUGACAGUUGUGUGAACUGAUGUUUUCCAGUGCCCUGACCAUCAGGACCUUGUUGGAAGGAGAGAUGGUAAAAUGGGCAUGACUUAGUUCUUGAAAUGUAAAAACAGGGCCUGCCAUGCCAUGACUGUGAUCUCAGGCAGGUGUGAUGGUUUGGUAGUGCCCUGCUGCUUAUUAGAAUUUUGUGUCCUAUUUGCUUUUAACUCCAGUUGCUGCUGUAUCUGUCAGGAUUUAAUUUAGUUUCAUUCCAGCUGAUGGUGAGCGUGGAGAGAAACAAACAAUCCCCAGGGCCUAGACCUGUCGAUUAGUGGGCAGAAAACAAACUGUUUUUAAAAAUUAGUGAAUUUAGGAAACUUAACAUUCCUCCUUAUACCUAUGUUGCAGUUCAUACUGAUGUAAGUGUAAAUAUUCGGCGUGUUGGCAGAGACUGAACCCCUGCUUUGGAGAGGGAUAGCUCUCUGUUGGAUGCAUGAGCUUUUGAGGUUGGCUGGCAGUAAAAGUGGUGACGAAGACUCCAGUCUUGCUGUUGUCUCCAGUGACCCAGCAACCCCCUUUGCAGUUCUCUUGCUAGAUGUUUUUCUCCUAGACAUAGAAUACGUAUUGCCGAGGAGCGAAGCUUUGGUGGCGUAUGUUUUAGUGUGGUAUGUUUUCAAGGUACUUGCCUGGUAGGGCUCUCUUCCUGGGCCCCAGCCUCUAUUUUUCAGGAGUUCAAGAGGCUCCCAGUCUUAGUACUUUGCCAUUUGUACACUGUUCAGACUCUUGUGUUCCUACAGGGAUUCACAGUAUCUGGAGGAAAGUGUCCUAGAUUGCUGUUACUGAAUGGGAUUAAUUUUUCAAAGUGUUGAGCUAGUUCUGGCACCACCCUGUGAUCCAUUUCCUUCCCUUUUUCAAAGGAUAGACUGUAUUCUAGAGCACCCUCCAUUUGUAUCUGGUAUGCGCCAAGCUGAGAACUCUAGACAGACACUAAGAUUAAUAGCUGAAUUGUCUCUUUAAAAUGAGGGUGCAAUCAUUUUAUGUAUUCAGAUUAAAGCUGCUGUAUCCUCUUUUAUUCUGUACCUAUUAAAAAAAAUGGUAAUCUCGGCUGUUCAGUUUUGUCUUUAAAUUCUAGAAAAAAGUUGGUAAUUGGAUUUGAGGUACACCCCCAUUCCCCUUGCAGAAAAAGGGUAUUUGGAUGUGCUUGAAGGGGAAGCUGAGCUGGACUGCUGCCCUUUGUGAGGCUGCUGCAUUGUACAGAGCAGACACCAAAUGGUAUCCCUGAGCAACUCCCAUUUCUUGAUCUGUGAAACUGAUGUGGGCUCAGCUACAUUAACACUCCCUCAUUCCAGAGUUCAGAUAGCUAUUGGCAGGAAUUUCAGUGGUUUUCCCUUAUGCUUACCAUCAGUUGAGUGCAGUAGGGUUUUUCAUUUUAUAACAAGCUCUGUUUGUUUGCCAUUCCAAACUCCCUUUUAGAUCCUACAUUGACAUAUUUAGAGGUACCUGUCCAACCAGAAGCAAAUUUGAUGCUCUUGAAAUGGGAGAGCUAACUCAAUUUUUUGUCUUUUGAAAAAUAACCUGAGAUUUCCCCAACAGGGCAGAGAACAGUCAACUUCAGUUUGCAAUUUAGACCUUUUUACUAAUUGUGAUGUAUGGCAGUGGGACUGAUUUGUAAUAAAAAUGUUAUUUAAUCUGUCUCUGUAUUUUGAUACUUGAAUUUUCUUUUUUCCUGUAUAUACAAUUGUUAAUCUGUUUGAAUUUUUGUCUGAAUUUUAAACAUUUUGUGGUACCAAACAUAACCAAUCUGUGCAACAACAUAGACUGACCUCACUACAACAAGGCGAGAUUGUAAAUAUUUCUGGGCUUCCAGCGGUCGUUUUGUUGUUUUUCAUAACUGUACAACUUAGAACAGACUGAAUUAAUAAAUAAACUCAGACACACACCUUU